CAUUUGAGAAUCGCCACAACCGAUCUGUCAAGCCUCAUUCAUCGUUGCGCCAAAAUGUCAUCUGAUCACCCCAAUCUUCUACCCACCAGGCCGCAAAGGAUCCUCGCCUGCGUAGGAUGUCAGCAGCGUAAGAUCAAGUGCGAUCGAAAAUUCCCUUGCCUUCAUUGUACGAAGUCGAAAACAACAUGUACACCUGCCACCAAAAUACCUCGGAGGCGCCGUCGUAGGUUCGCUGAGCAGGAAUUACUCGACCGACUACAUACAUACGAAGAGCUUCUUCAACAGAAUAACAUCGAUUUCGAACCCUUGGGUCAAGAAGUAACAACCACGAAGCCUUCACCAGAUUAUAGUGACCAUGUGGAGACAAAUGGCGGUAUUACUCCUGCAUCCUCGUCUACCACCAUUCAUUCCCCUGGUGUCAAACCUGAUCUCAAGAGCUUCUGGCACGCAGUUAAUCAAAGAUUUCGCACUGACGAUGAAGAUGGCGACUCCCCCGAUACGGAAGAGUAUCUUGAUGAUAUUGUCAACUCAGCGAUGGACUCAAUUUUUGUCGACGACAGUUCGUUCCUGUUUGGCCGCCAGGAUACUGUUGAUCUUUCCCCAUUACACCCCGAUCCGGCCCAUAUCUUCCGACUCUGGCAGUUAUUUUUGGAUAAUGUCAAUCCUUUGCUAAAGGUAAUACAUACACCAACAAUGCAGGUACGCAUAAUAGAAGCCAUAGGCAACAUAUACGCACUUCAGCCUCCAAUGGAAGCACUCAUGUUCGCUAUCUACUCCAUGGCAAUCCUCAGCCUUGAAGACAGUGAUUGCCGAUCCACAUUCGCAGGUAGCAAACCGGAGCUGCUCAAAAGAUAUCAAUUUGGAUGUCAACAAGCCUUACAAAAUAGCGGAUUUCUCAAAUCUGAAGAUCGGGAUUGUCUGACAGCCUUCUUCCUCUAUUUGUUUUCCUACGUUCACAGCUCCGAGCCCAAAGCGCUCUCCUCCGCCGUCGCUAUGGCAAUCCGCAUUGCCCAACGCAUGCAAUUGGAUAGUGAAUAUGCCUGUGCACAGCACGACUUCCUUGAAGGCGAAAUGCGGCGAAGACUCUGGUGGGCGCUUCUCCUCUUCGACGUACGCGUGUCGCAACUGGCCGGCGGAAAGACCAAGUCUUUCCUUCCUAUAUUCUCCACUCGCACCCCCCUUAAUAGCAACGACUCGACUCUUGCUGCCAGUGUCCAAGACCCGCCCAUCUCAACCAUCAUCACGCCAGAAGUUGCUCAAGAACAACCCACGGAAUCAAUUUACGUCGUAGUGAAGGCGAACAUGGGCAACUUUAUCUGCCAUACAGCGUUCCAUCUCGCCUAUAAUGCCCCAGAGCUUCUACCGCUCGUUCCCACCCCAGCAGUACAUUCGUCCCCCGGAACUAACGACCAAAUCACACACCUCGAAAAGAUGCUCGAAUCGCGGUACCUCUCCCUCUGUAACCCCUCAGACCCGCUCCACUUCAUGACUAUUUGGGAAACCAGGUCUUUGCUCGCAAAGUGCAGGCUAAUGGAGUACUACCGGUCUGACCUCGAAUCAUCCUGGACCGAAACACAAUUUGACACUGCAUGCCAGCACGCAAUUCGUCUCCUCGAAUGCAACAAUACCAUCAAAUCGUCUCCCUUGACAAAACCUUUCCGAUGGAUGACGCGCUUUUACUUCCCAUUCCCUGCGUACAUUCACCUACUCAAGCACCUAAAGCGUGCUCCGUUGGAUUCGCAUGCUCGCGAUGCAUGGGAUGUUAUGAGCACGAAUUUCACGAUGUGGUUGAGCGAAGUGUUUCAAAACCAGGAUGCGAUUUACAUGUUGAUGGGAAAGCUGGUGCUUGGGGCGUGGGCUGCGAAAGAAGAAGUGCUUGUAAGGCGGAACGAGGUCCUUGAUCCCGAUGAAGUUCCAGGUAUUGUCACGACGAUCAGAAAAAUUGCGAAGGAAAAAAGAGCGCGAGAAGAACAGAUUGGGAGUGAUGUCGGUGUGGAUUGGCUCAGCGGCGGGAGUGCAGACGUUUAUGGUGGUGGUUUCGCAGGUAUGGCAGGAGGGGGUGCUGCUUUUGAUGACACGAUCACGAAUGAGUUCGUGAAUGGUUUGCAAAACCCUUGGCCAGUAUUUGGCUUGGAUUCUAUCACGAAUCCUACGAUUGAUCCUGGCAUGAAUCAACUAGAUUGGACGGCAUCCGCGAUGGAUUGGGGGGUGGGUCAAAAAACCACAUGGUAAGUCGUUGAUAGGUUGGGCCGCCGGAGAAGCAAUGAUGGUGAGCCGCGCGUGCUCUAGUAUAUGCAUACCAUCCCGACUCUUGCUGAUGAUACGCCUCCAGAGGGCAUUCUACACUCUUACACAUAUAGAAUACAGUUGACAUGCUGUCUCCUUGCAUUUCCCGUCUCAUCUUGUUGUUGGCAUAUCCAGCGUGUGGACGGCUUUCUCCAUGUCUCGCACUAGUGAUGUUGGGCUGUUCAAUUCUGGUCCGAGUAUAGUUGGCAGCCUCUCAAUAUUGAUGUCGAAGGGCUCGUGGCGGUGCGUGGGUGUCAAAGUGGGUGCCAUUGUGAGGCAGGUAGGACAGGGUUAAUAGAAGUAGAAAGCCGGGAGACAGUAGGAACUGCGCGCCUGACUACUUUGCGUUGGGUGUUCUCUCCAGGCGGUUACGCGAUCGGUUUUGAGACUCUUCGAUCAUCGGGACGAAAUAU